UUGUUUCAGCCUCCAGCAGUAGAAAACGAUAAAACAACGACCUCUUCUACCGGAUUAGGAUUUGGUAAUUCGAUCAUACCUCAGGGACCACAGAAUGGAUCGCCCAUUCGUCUUUAUGCACAUUUCGACACAAAAUCGAACAAAUUUGUGAUACAGGAGCAACUAAAAUUCCCUAUCAGAGGCGAGGGAUACGCACAUCGAGCAGCAGCAGCACCAAUAUUUUCACCUUUGUCGCAAGCGCGUAGCGUGGGUCAGAAAAAAACAGGAUCACCUGUUGAUGGACGCGCAGCAGUAAAUAUGCUUACUGGAAUGCAGAAGCCGGCAACCAGGCUUCUCACGAAGCCUCCGUUUUCCACAGCAGUAGACUGUGAAGUUUCGGACGUAAUUUUGAUAUUCUGUGUCGCAAAGCUCUCGUCGUGGUAA